UUAAACGGGUAGAAAUCGGGCGACUCUCGGUCCUCGUCAUUACACCACGUCAGUCCCUGUGCCGUGUACUUGCAUGCCUGCAGGAGGCACGAAUGCAGGGCGGGAAAUGCCACGAGCGCGCAACGUGAGCUGCACGUGCGAGAUUCCCGAGCUCUCGGAGUUGUCUUCUCGCGCCAAACCAAUCGAUGUUUUGGCAGACAUUUCAGUUUCUGCGGAGGAGAGGCGGGUGUAUAGUAGUUCACUGUUCGUUGAUAUAAUACCUAGGUAGGUACGGGAAUACCAAUAUGUCCGGCUUAGCUACUAUGUGAUAAUAUGCUGCCUGCAGACAACCAGCCAGCGUGGCG